UUUAUGGCUAUGAUGACCUAUUUCACGUAAAUGUAACCUUUUUUUCCUUUCCAGCACAUCAAUAUCUAGCGGUAAUAAUUUCUAUUCUGAAACACACUUUAACACACUCAUAAGUCAUAUAUAGUUUUUCUAUUCAAGAAAAACUAAACUAGUUUUCAUUCAAACACACUUGAGUUUAACAAUGGCCACUACUACAUUCUGUAUAUUCCUAUUCCUUCUUUCUAUAACCUUCCAAAUCUUCAACCUCACUUCAUCUUCAUUAGAAGUUGAUACCCUUCUUUCCUUCAAAUCCACCAUUCAAGACUCUAAAAAAGCUUUAUCAACUUGGUCAAACACUUCAUCAAACCAUUUCUGUAACUGGACUGGUAUCUCUUGUUCUUCCACUACACCUUCUGAUUCACUCUCAGUUACUUCUGUUAAUCUUCAAAGCUUAAACCUAUCUGGUGAUAUAUCAUCUUCUAUAUGUGACCUUCCUAGUCUUUCUUAUCUCAACCUUGCUAAUAACAUCUUUAACCAACCUAUUCCACUUCAUCUUUCUCAAUGUAGUUCAUUAAAAAGUUUGAAUCUAAGUAAUAAUCUUAUUUGGGGUACUAUCCCUUCUCAGAUUUCUCAGUUUGUUUCUUUGUCAGUGCUUGAUUUGAGUAGAAACCAUAUAGAAGGAAAUAUUCCAGAUAGUUUAGGUUCAUUGAAGAAUCUUGAAGUGCUUAACAUGGGAAGUAACUUGCUUUCUGGUGAUGUACCUAACGUUUUUGGUAACUUGACUAAGCUAGAAGUUCUUGAUUUGUCUAUGAAUCCUUACUUGGUGAGUGAGAUUCCAGAAGAUGUUGGUGAACUUGGAAAUCUAAAGCAACUUUUGUUGCAGGGUUCUUCUUUUCAAGGUGAAGUUCCUGAGUCUUUGAAGGGUUUGAUUAGUUUAACUCAUUUAGAUCUCUCUGAAAAUAAUCUAACUGGUGAAGUUUCAAAGACUCUUGUAAGUUCUCUCAUGAACUUGGUUUCUUUUGAUGUUUCACAAAACAAGCUUUUAGGUUCAUUUCCAAAUGGUUUAUGUAAAGGAAAAGGGCUUAUAAAUCUAAGUCUUCAUACAAAUAGAUUCACUGGUUUAAUACCUAACUCAACUAGUGAAUGUAAGAGUCUUGAGAGAUUCCAAGUUCAGAACAAUGGUUUCUCUGGUGAUUUCCCUAUUGUGUUAUUUUCACUUCCUAAAAUUAAGCUCAUUAGAGGUGAAAACAAUAGAUUCACAGGAAAAAUACCUGAGUCAAUCUCAGAAGCUGUACAAUUAGAGCAAGUUCAGCUUGAUAAUAACCUUCUUGAUGGUAAAAUUCCUUCAGGUCUUGGUUUUGUGAAAAGCUUAUACAGAUUUUCUGCUUCUCUAAAUCAUUUCUAUGGUGAACUUCCACCUAAUUUUUGUGACUCACCAGUUAUGAGUAUAGUGAAUCUCUCACACAAUUCUCUUUCUGGUUCUAUCCCUCAGCUGAAAAAAUGUAAAAAACUAGUUUCACUUUCUUUAGCAGAUAACAGUUUAACAGGAGAAAUUCCUAAUUCUCUAGCUGAACUACCUGUGCUCACUUACCUUGAUCUUUCUGAUAACAAUCUCACUGGUUCAAUCCCACAAAGUCUUCAAAACUUGAAACUUGCUCUUUUCAAUGUGUCAUUCAAUCAGUUAUCAGGUAAAGUACCAUACUAUUUGAUUUCUGGUCUUCCUGCAUCCUUUUUGGAAGGAAAUAUUGGUCUUUGUGGCCCUGGAUUGCCGAAUUCAUGUUCUGAUGAUGGAAAGCCAAUACACCAUACUGCUUCUGGUUUAAUAACCUUAACCUGUGCUUUGAUCUCUCUAGCAUUUGUUGCUGGAACUGUUCUUGUUGCCAGUGGAUGUAUAUUGUAUAGGAGAUCUUGCAAAGGGGAUGAAGAUGCGGUUUGGCGUUCGGUGUUUUUCUAUCCACUUAGAAUUACUGAGCAUGAUCUUGUUAUAGGGAUGAAUGAGAAAAGCUCAAUAGGAAAUGGAGAUUUUGGUAAUGUUUAUGUUGUGAGUUUACCUAGUGGUGAUUUAGUAUCUGUGAAGAAGUUGGUUAAAUUUGGAAACCAGUCUUCAAAGAGUUUGAAAGUUGAGGUCAAAACAUUGGCUAAAAUUAGGCAUAAGAAUGUUGCCAAGAUUCUUGGGUUCUGUCAUUCUGAUGAGUCAGUUUUUCUCAUCUACGAGUACUUGCAUGGUGGAAGCUUAGGGGAUUUGAUUUGUAGUCAAAACUUUCAGUUGCAUUGGGGAAUUAGAUUAAAGAUUGCUAUUGGAGUUGCUCAAGGACUUGCAUAUCUUCACAAGGACUAUGUACCACACUUGGUUCAUAGAAAUCUCAAGUCAAAGAACAUUCUGUUGGAUGUUAACUUUGAGCCAAAAUUGACUCAUUUUGCUCUUGAUAAGAUUGUUGGAGAAGCUGCAUUUCAAUCUACUUUGGAUUCUGAAGCUGCAUCUUCUUGUUACAUUGCUCCAGAAUAUGGUUACAAUAAGAAAGCAAGUGAGCAAUUAGAUGUAUACAGCUUUGGUGUUGUAUUGCUGGAGCUAGUUUGUGGAAGACAAGCAGAUCAAAAAGAUUCAAGUGACUCCUCACUUGACAUAGUGAAAUGGGUUAGAAGAAAAGUGAACAUUACUAAUGGGGUGCAACAAGUUCUUGAUACUAGAACAUCAAAUACUUGUCACCAACAAAUGAUUGGUGCUUUAGAUAUUGCACUACGUUGCACUUCUGUGGUACCUGAGAAAAGGCCAUCAAUGUUAGAAGUUGUUAGAGGUCUUCAGUUCCUUGAGUCAAGGACUUGUGUAGCAAAUUUGCAGGGUGCAAAUGAUGAACCCUCCAUUCCAGUUUGAAAAUGAAACAAACACAAAGACUUGUAUGUUUUUCUUUUGAGUAUUUGUAUGUAAAUUUUCAGCUUUAUAUUUCACAUCUUUUUAUUUUUUAAA